AUGACAAGCCCUGCCACACAGACACAGUACACAAGAACUGUUCCACCUUUGCCAGAGCCUCUUUGGAGCAAGAGGAAUUUAUCAAAAAAAGCCCAGCGCUUGCUGGCAGAACCAGUUCCUGACAUUAAAACAGAACCAGAAGAGAGCAACGCCCAUUAUUUUCAUGCGGUCACUGCUGGCCCCCAGGAUUCCUCCUUCGAGGGAAGGACUUUUAAAUUUAAACUAUUCCUUCCAAAAGAAUACCAGACAGCAGCCCCUAAAGUACAUUUCAGGACCAAAAUUUAUCAUCCUAAUGUAGAGUAGUUGGGAAGAAUAUGUUUAGAUAUCUUGAAGGAUAAAUGGUCCUCAGCACUGCAGAUCCACACAGUUCUGCUAUGGAUCCAGGCUUUGUUAAGUGCUCCCAAUCCAGAUGAUCCAUUAGCAAAUGAUGCAGCGGAGCAGUGGAAGACCAACAAAGCCCAAGCCAUAGAAACAGUUAGAGCAUGGACUAGGCUAUAUGCUAUAAAUAAUAUUUAAAAUCGAUCUGAUCAUGAAGUGUGCAUCGCUUCUCCUAAUCUGACAAGACUUACUCCUUUUCUGCUUGCAUUUAAUGGAUACAGUCUUAUACAGAAUAAAAGCUCAGACAUUUCAGUCCUUUGGUGAUUAAUGCACAAUAGCAAAUCUAUGUCUUGUCCUGAUUCACUGUUGUAAAGCAU